GCUACAGGAUAAAUGUAAACCACUGGCUCCUCCCCGGAAUGCAGAUAUUCGUUGUACACGGUCACGCCAUAAGACGCAGCACUUUUAUCGCUCGAAGUGUAUCAUCACCUGUAAGAAGGGCUUCAAGCUGCACGGACCAGCGGUACGGCAUUGCAAUGGGACUGGCGAGUGGGAUGAAGGGGAAUCGAUCUGUGUUCCACUGGCCUGUCCUAAGCUUAGCCGCCCAUCGAAUGGUGUCAUCCUGCCCGUUGCCUGUACGGCCGGUAAGAUCUUCUCAAACGAACGGUGCAGGCUGCACUGUAAUCCAGGAUUCAAGCCGCUGGGGAAGAAUAUGGUCGUCUGCAAUCUAACGCAGGCGUGGGUCCCCAAUGCGAAUCUCCAGUGUGUGCCGAUUGGCACUGGACUACCAACGGCCAUUCCUACGUCGGCUCCACCUGCAGCGAGCGCGCCGGUUAAACCGUACAUUCAGUGCCCUCCGGACGUACACGAGGUACUGCCACUUGGACAGUACUCGAUGCUGAUACGGUUCGAGCGCCCGAAAACGAAUGUCGAUUGGCAUCAGGAUGUGGACGCACAUCCGGUCUGGGGCAAGCAGUUGCAGGCGGAACUGAAGGCUGGUGAGACGAUCGUUACGUUCCGUGCCCGCAGUCCGACCUCGAAUGUGAACGAUGUUUGCCGGGUGGUGAUUAGAAUUAGAGAGCGAAAACCACCAACUGUGUUGCAAUGUCCCGAGUCGUUCGAGGUACAGCUGGAGCGUGGUGAGCAGUCGCGCUCCAUAGUUUGGCCAGAACCGAAGUUUGAAUCCCACAUCGAAAUCAAGCAGCUUUACAAAUCCAACACACCCGGCCAACCACUUCCGGCUGGUGUUCAUUACAUCAACUACAUCGCAACCGAUGCGGACGGUUUGAGUGCCAACUGUAACUUCCGGAUCGUGGUAAAAGGUAAGCCUUCCCAACCGGCCAAUCAUUGACCCCCCUCGGUCGGUACACCGUCGAUGGCUAGCCCUAAAUCGGGCGAGCUGGCCCGCUUGGAGAACCACGAAUCGUAUCUCAUCUGUCCGGGCAAACCGCCGGUGCGGCUCGAUGGUCACUAUCCCAUACACGUACCGCAAGGCUGCGUUGUGAAGAACAUUCGCAUCAAGCAGAAGCUGGCCAGAUUGAGACACCAGCAGCGCAUGCUAGCCCAGCAUUUGCAGCAACUGCAGGAAUCGCCCGAUCCGAACCCGGCCCUGAUACAGCAGCAGCAUCAGCGUUACAAUAAUCUUUUGCGUUACUACUCCUCCUGGGAUCGAGUAUCUAGCUCUGCCAGUGGAAGUGGAAGUGGUUCCUCCGCUCCUGCUGCUGCUACUGCCGCAGGUGUUGGUGGGACUACUACAUCUUAUCACCAUCGGACUGCCUCUCCCUCAAUACUCGCUACGCACAACUACAAUCUAGCGCACAAUCUGGCCCUACGAGCGUGCGUACUGACCUUAGAGCUGCAGCAGCAGAGCACUUCAUCCGUCCGUCCGUCUUCUGUUUAG